GAGGCCGGGCAGGCCAUGGCCGACGCUGGGGCUGGGAGGGCCGGGGGCUCGCGCCGGGGCCGGGGACCGCGGAGGCCCCCGACCUGGGAGAUCUCGGACUCGGACGCCGAGGGUUCCGCCGGCGCGGAGGCCGCCGCGACCGUCCGGGACCCGGCGGAGGAGCGCAGGGCGGUGGCCAAGGCGCUGCGGCGGCUGCGACCCGAGCGGGCCGUGCGGCGCCUGGCGGUGCUCGUGGACCCAGCCAUCCUGGAAGAUGCUGCUGCCGACAUCCUGAUGGAGGCCUUGGACACCCUGGGCUGUGAGUACCGUGUGGAGCCUCAGCGCCCUGCCCGGAGCCUCAGGUGGAGCAGAGUGAAGCCAGAUCCUUGCCCUCCCGGUGUCUCACCAGCCCAGCACCCAGGAGAUGCAGCAGCCAGAGAAUCCAGUGGUGGCCCGUGCCAAGGUGGCAGUCGGCUGGCCCGAGGUGGAGGAGGUGAGGGCAGUCAGGUUGGGCCAGAUGGUUGGCCUGGGCCCUGGCCCUUGGGCUGCCCUCCGAGAAGCAGCAGGGGCCAGUUUGGCAUGAGGGUGGCACACGGGUGGUCUCAGCUGGAAGCCCACCAAGGGAACCCUCCUCUGACCCACGCCCACGGGCUCAUCCCUCCUCAGGCGCUGGUGCUCCUGCAGCUCUGGGCAAACGUGGAUGUGCUGCUGGUGGCCUCCUGGCAGGAACUGAGUCAGCACGUGUGCGCAUUCACCAAGGCCCUUGCCCAGCGCCCUUUCAAGUGGGUGACCCUCUCCUGGCUGCUGGCUGUGGCUGCGAGGCAUGGGAGUGCCGGGCGGGUGGCGCGGCCCUGGCCUCACAGAGCAAAAGGGGUCUCCAAGGGCUUUGCUGAGCUGGAGGCAGGGCACACAGGAGAGCAGAGCAGAGCCUUCAGGGGCCUCCCCGCACCCUCCCUCUUCCAGGCAGUCCCAGGAGCUGAGGGCCUUCUCCUUCUGCACCGCAGGGUGCUGGGCAGCAGGAGAGCAAGUGGCAAGAGGUGGCACAGGGCUGCGGGUGGCCUGGCGGCGGCAGAUCCAACAGUUCAACCGCGUCAGCCCAGCUGUGGCCGAUGCUGUCGUCACUGCCUUCCCCUCUCCCCGGCUUCUGCAACAGAGCCUGGAAACCUGGCCGGCGUCCGGCACAUCAUCCUUGUCCUCUCAGGAAAGGGGGGUGUCGGGAAAAGCACCAUCUCCACGGAGCUGGCCCUGGCCCUGCGCCACGCGGGCAAGAAGGUGGGGCUCCUCGACGUGGACCUGUGCGGCCCCAGCAUCCCCCGCAUGCUCCGGGUGCAGGGCAGGGCCGUGCAUCAGUGCGACGGGGGCUGGGUGCCGGUCUUCGUGGACCAGGAGCAGGGCAUCUCCCUCAUGUCGGUGGGCUUCCUGCUGGAGAAGCCGGACGAGGCCGUGGUGUGGAGAGGCCCCAAGAAGAACGCGCUGAUAAAGCAGUUUGUGUCUGACGUGGCCUGGGGGCCGCUGGACUACCUGGUUGUGGACACGCCCCCUGGGACCUCGGAUGAGCACAUGGCUGCUGUGGACGCCCUGCGCCCCUACGGCCCCCUGGGGGCCCUCGUGGUCACCACGCCCCAGGCUGUGUCCGUGGGGGACGUGAGGCGGGAGCUGACUUUCUGUAGGAAGGUAGGGCUGCGGGUCAUCGGGCUCGUGGAGAACAUGAGCGGCUUCGUCUGCCCACACUGCGCCGAGUGCACCCACGUCUUCUCCCGGGGAGGCGGCGAGGAGCUGGCCAGACACGCCGGAGUGCCCUUCCUGGGCUCCGUGCCCCUGGAUCCCGAGCUCGCCAGGAGCCUGGAGGAGGGCCGCGACUUGGCGCGCAGCUUCCCUGACAGCCCUGCCUUCCCCGCGCUCUCCUCCAUCGCGCAGAGGAUCCUCGACGAGACCCCCAUUGGGCUCCGCUGACCGAGGCGGCCACGCUGCUGGGCGCGCCUCCCAGGACACGUUUCUGAUGGCCCAGCGGUGGCUCAACUCUGAGCCGCGGACAGUGCGCCAUGGUUCUGCCCCAUCGGCCCGUGAGGCGCGGUGGAAAGCACGCGGCCCGACGGCCGAGGCCUGAGCUCCCGGCGGCGCGGGCCCAAGCACCUGGGGGGCUUCCGCCACCCUCAGCCAUCCUGGGGCCCCUCAGCCCCCAGGCCUGUCCUCAGGGUAGAGGAGGGGGCACCCCCCCAGGUGUCAGCUGUAUCUCAGAGGAGUCCCAAAUAAAGGCGCCCCGCCACCGCGGUGCCAUAUCUGA